UUUGAAGCUAGGACAGUACCAUUCACAAGUUAUAAGUUUCUUAAAAGAAAAAUUAUUAAAAAUUUUCAAAAACUUUUGAAAUUAGAGUCAAAUUUACAGAAGUGUGUUUAAAUAUUGUAAAUGAAAAUAUCAAACUAUCAAAAACAUGACGUCAUCUAAGGAAUGCGAAUCGCAUCUUAGCGGUUGUGAAGAUGAAGUUGUUGAAUUUGAAAAUAUAACCGUAAAGCUAAGUAUUUCUGAAAAUCAAGUUGUUGCACAAAUUUAUCCAAAUUGUAUGACAAUUGAAGAAGUUAAAAAAGAUAUUGCAAGAAAAUUUGAAGUCGAUCCGAAAUUACUUACUAUUUGUCAAUGUGAACAAGUUCUUAGUGAUGAUUGUAAAUUAUAUGAUGCUGAACGAAAUGAAUAUGGAAUUUAUGAACUUUUUUUGGCUAUAAAUGAUAGUGCUGGAGAUAUGGAAACUGCUCCAGCAAUUUUGAAUUUGGACAUUUAUUAUAACAAAUCACGGCUACCUGAUUUUAUUACCGUACAUAUACCAUCCGAAGAUACAAGCGAUGGCAAUAGCAAAGAUAUUGUCGUAGAAAUCGAAAACCAAGCAAUCACAAAACCAUUCAUCGGUGGAUAUAGAGACAAACGAACCGGCAUAGAAUAUCAUGAUGCGUUCACACUAACUGGCCCCAACUUCCAGAAGUUUAAAUCCCGCGAUCUAGCAUCACGAAUAACACAGACCAAGGAACUGAAAAUGAAACUAAAUGAUACAACAGCUGAUCAAUCAACGCAAUCAUUUGGAGAUGCCUCCAAUAUUAUUUUUGUAUCUGCUGCAACAGACUUUGUAAUCAUUCCGAGGAAAUAUCAGACUUAUGCGCAAAAGAUGAAACGUGAAGAUCGUCUGGCGAAAAUUGUAUUAAUCCAGAGGAAUUUACGAAGGUUUCUUUUUUGGCGUUAUAUCAAGCGAUGUGCUGCAGAAUAUCGAAACAUUGUCGCUGAUCGUUUGGCAGUUGAACGUAAACUCAAUGAUAUUGAAACCAAAAAACGUAUCUACCGUGAAAAUGCUAUUAAAAAUUUUCCCCAUACCAAAGAAGACUUUGGUUUGUUAUAUGCUCAUGUCGAGAAAUGGAAACAAGCAGAGAUGAAACGAAUUGCAAAGAUGUAUUCAGGUGCACCUAGGUUGGCAGAGGUUAAUAUUUUGUUGGAUAAGGAAAUCCAAUUACUGAACGGAAUCGAAAGGCAGCGUACGGUUGUAAGGAAAGCUCUUAAGGAUUUCCGGGAAAAUCAGUUGUUACAGAAAAUGGGUGAACCUAUUAAGUGGUUGGGAUACAAAGAUAAGGUCAUUGAAAUGGAUCUCAUACGCACCCAACGUGUAAGAUUUUUAGCUGAAGUCUUAAAAGACCUAAAAAAGAAAAUGCCUAUUGGAGAACGACUAACCCUUCUUAAUUCUGUUGACAAUAUUUUAGAGGAUGAACAAGAUUUUCCACAAGUUGCGGAGUUGCACGACCUUAUUGAGCGAGAAAAGAAUCUCUUAAUAUUCACAAAACACUGCGAUGUGACUAUCUUGCGGCAACGUUUCCUCAUAAUCUUCUUGGAUUUAAUAAAAUUCAACAAAGAAGGCAAAAUACCAGAACCUCAAAAACGUAUGUGCGAUUGUUGCAAAAAAGUCAAAUCGAUUUCGGAAUUCGCUUUGAGGACCCGCCAGAGUACCGUCGAUACCUGUCAAAUGUGUUUUUCUCUGAAGACUUCAGUUACUGAUAAUACAGUUUAUAAGGCCAUUCUGCGUUCGAUUCAACGCGACGAACGCAAACACCGAUCAUUGGCUUCGUAUGCUUUUAUCCUUCAAGACGAUGAUGUUCGAUUUAUUGUCGAUAAAAUUUGGCAUCGUCAUUCGUUUCUUAGCAAAGAGGAUGACAUUAAUUACUUAAGACUUCCGAGAUGGAUUAAGAGCGACGAUUGGUCACCAUGGAAUUGUAUAUGUUUAACAGAGACCGAAGCAAGGAUCCAUAAUACCUUGAAUGAUCUUAGAACGGUGUAUAAUGAGAAAAUGAGGCUGGACAUUGCGAAUAGACAUCUUUUGGCAAAGAAUGCGUUUAAGAAACUCCAAGAUGUUGAAAAUGAUUUUGUCGAAAGUGGUCAGUGGUGGGAAGCUGGAAUCAAGGAUAAAGUUGUUUAAAAAUGUUCAUUCAUAUGGUUGAUAUCUCUAAAAUAAAAAGCUUACAUUGAUUUUAAUGGGAGCAAAUACAAAUUUCAUUCA